GUGUGCGCAUGCACUACUAAAUAUGCAGCUACUAAAUAGCGAAGCUUUUAUUUGUGUCGCGGAGCGAAGCGCCGAACGCGCACGUAACUGAGCGCUCUGCCGUGGUUGGUGAUAAUGAAAGCAAAAAUGGUAAAAACAGUCGAUAAUAAACAAAUAAAGUAAAAUAAUCGCAAUCACACUGUUGAGCAUGCCAAUUUUUGUCAACUACACGAAUUUUUCGUGACGAGCGUGUGCCAGUCGUAAAAAGUCAGCUCCCGCGUGGUAAACGGUAUAGCAGUAAAGCAACCCCGAGAUCCGAAAAGCGUUAACAAAGAAUUGAUAAAGCCUUAAAACAGGCGUACGACCUUUUUAAAAUUAUGGUAACAAACUGUAAAACCAAAAUAUAUUAGGCCGAUUUUCAAAUGAAAUAUAGUAUUGCAAGUUGUUUAAAAUAGAGACAGAUAAAUAGAGAAAGGUCAUCGUUUGUGUGUUUCAAGAGCUUUUAGUGACAAAUUCGAUUGCUUGGCAUGUUCAUGUGCCUGCAUACAUACAGUCCGAGCCAAUUGUUUUUGGAAGGGCUUUUGAAAAUCUAAUUUCCAUUGAACAAUUUGCUUUGUUUAUAGACAUUCCGGACACAUCCAUUGCCUAUAAUUGGGCUGCUAAUUGGGUUGAUUUAAUUUUCGCCAACGAAGUCUAUCGCCACGCAAUUGAUAUACAACAAAGGCAAAAUACUGCAAAACAACAAAGCUGAAAGAGAAACAGAAAUAAUAAGAAGAAGAAGAACUUGCAAGACAACCACGCACACACACGCCAUUUAGUGCAAUAAUCCAUCAGUUCAAAUCGAAAAAGUGCUCCACGAAGUCAACAGUUGCAAUAUAAGCAGCGAUAAGCAGCACCAAUAACUGCCGCGCCGCGUCGAAACUAUCCGCAGUGCAGUUGAGCCAUCCCAAGGCAGCGGUCAGCAAUUAUUACAACGAUCAUAGCAUUUCUUCGCCAGUCAGCACCCGCCAAUGCGCCCAACUUGUGCUCACAUUAUCGGCUAAGCAAAUAAUUAGUCAAAGCAACCAGCCAGCAACCGGGCCAGUGUCAGCGGCGAUUGGUGAUUGUCGUCGCUCAACAGCAGCAGCAGCAGCAGCAUCCGUAAUAGCACCAAGAGCAAAGUACUCAACAAUAAACAGACAAACAAAGUGCAGCAGAAAUGUUGAAAACAAAAGCCAAUGAUGACAAAGUGGAUACUUUGCUGACCAAGGGUCUGGUGCCGAUAAUUGAUCUCGCUCAUUGCGGGACUGAGGAGGCGCCAGUUCGUUCAGUUGUGAAUCGAGUUGGACACCAGUUACAAAAAUGUUUGAGCGAGAAGGGACUCUGCUUGCUUGUAAAUCAUGGUAUUUCCGAUGAAAAGUUGAAAACCGCUUGGGAUCACCUAGAUGACUUUGUUGAUCUACCGAAUGACGUAAGGGAGCUUUAUAUACGCACCGGUGAUGAUAAUCAUGGAUACGUGCGUCCUGGUGUUGAACGUUUCGAUGGCAAAACACCCGAAUUGCGUCACGCUUUCAACAUAUGCACAUUAAAUGCUACAAAUCUACCUGAAGAACCAUUGCCCGGGUUUGCGGAACAUAUAUCUUCUUUGGCACAAGAUUUCAAAGCACUUUCGCGCUUCAUCCUGCAGGCACUUGCCGUCUCCCUCGAUAUACCACAGUCGUUCUUUCUCGAGAAGCACUCACACAUGCUGUCCGGUGACCACGACAAUGAGUCCACACUGCGCCUCCUGUAUUAUCCCCCCAUCAUUGAAGAUACCGAUGAUAAGAAUGACUUUGUCAAAGGAAGUUGCAUUUACAGCUAUCAGCGCUGCUUGUCAGAUCAGCCUGAUUUCCGGCCCGAAUCGAAUCCGCGUGAUGAAAUUAACGAACUGGAUGGAAAUGAAGAGAACAAGAACACCACCGUACGCCAAUUGCCCAACGGUGAGAUGAUACGUUGUGGUGCGCACACAGAUUAUGGCACAUUCACAUUAUUGGCACAAGACUCAGAAGGUGGCCUGGAGGUGAAAUUGCCCGGUAGUGAAAAGUGGCAGCGCGUUGGUCAUCUGCCCGGUGCCAUAUUGAUAAACUGCGGUGAAAUCCUCUCAAUAUGGACAAAAGAAAGAUAUCCUGCAUUGCCUCAUCGUGUUGUGAUACCGGAGCAGCAACAUAUACGUUCGCGAGGACGCCACUCAAUAGCAUUCUUCUGCCAUCCAGAUAACCUAACUAUGAUUUCACCAAAUGAUCUGCCCAACACCGAAGCCGGCACAGACACCGUCGACAAGAAGCCACGCAAGAAGUCAUUCAAAGCGGCGAAAGAGAAAGUAUACAACGCUUACCAGUUGAUACAGAAGCGAUUUCGCGAAACGUAUGGACAGCAAAACUCGCACUGAUAAUCACACUGGAACAUCUUAGCUCCUAGCUCAUUGGUCCAUAUUACAACUUACCUUCAUACAUAGAUUAUUUAGCACAUAACGGCAGUUAGGUGAAUAAAUAUUGUGUCGCAGUGUUCCAGUUGUAACAUAACGGAAGACAGCACUUCGGGUUCAGCGCUAAGCCACUCUCUCCUUCCCCAAAUAAAGUAGAGUUGUGCUUGUUUUCUUCAUUAAGUUUAAUUUAACUCAUUCAUGUUGUAUUUAUAUAAUAUUUGUAUGUCAGACAUAAUUUGUAUUCGUAUUUUUAUUUAUACAUAUUUUUAAUAGAAUUUUAUCCUAGUUGUACAUAAUAUAUACACCUUGGUACAUCUACACAAAGUAUACAUACAAUGUAUAUGUAUGCAUAUGCAUAACGGAGCUACUACAUACAUGUAUGCGUGUAUGUCCGCAAUGUUUGCAUUGGCAACGUACGUAUUAAUAUUUACGUAAAUAUAACGCCCAAUUACAAUACAUACAAUAAUUACAUUAUAAUUGUCUUUGGUUUGCAUUAAUUCUAUUGUAAACUUCUUAGUAUUUCAAUUCCUGAAUUGACAAUUAACAAACACACAUUUACUUACAUACAUACUACAUACUUAUACACAUAAACAUAAGAAACUUAUGUCUUAAUUCGCCCCUACUUUCUACUUCGCGUCAUUGUCGAGAGUAAUUACAUAGAGUAUACUAUAUACAUAUACAUGUGUCUAUUUGUAACGGUAAAUAAAAUGGAAGUACAUA